AUGUACCCAUUUAGACCUAUAGCCUCAAUGCGGUCAUUGUUCCGCAUUAGAACCACACCAAUACCACUAUCAUCAUCGCCCACGCGAACCUACAUCAACUUAUUGCGCAAUUCAAUCAAAACUCCAUUCAAACGUACCUCAUUCAGGUUCAACUCUACGUCUUCAACAGCCCGCAAUGCCACUCAUACACCUCCUCCUCCAAAAGGAAAGAAACCACAGGGUAUUAGAGCCUUGAUGAAAGAAUACGGGUACCCUGCAUUAGCAGUCUACUUGGCCCUUUCCAUGAUUGAUUUGCCGAUAUGUUAUGUGCUUGUUCAUUCAAUGGGACAAGAUAAGAUCCAGUAUUAUGAAAACAAGGUGAAGCAAACUUUCGGAUAUGGGGUCAGUGAUGAUGAGUUGAAGCAUCAGCAAGAUGUACAAAAAAUCGAAGCUAGAAUUGAUCAAGAUGAUAAUGCAAUUGAACAAGAGCAAAAAGCAACUCAAGAUCAAAGUACACUUCAUUAUAUAAUGAGCCAAUUUUCAUGGACUGAGUUUGCUAUUGCUUAUGGAUUACACAAGAGUUUGAUCUUCAUUAGAUUGCCGAUAACGGCAGCGAUUACUCCUGGAGUAGUCAAAUUGUUGAGAGGUUGGGGAUUUAGAAUCGGUACGGAUAAAUUGAGUACUACUGCUAAUUUGGCUAAGGAUUUAGCCAAGAGUGGGUAUAAGGACAUCACGGCUAGUAGUGCCAAAUUUGGCACUAAACCCGGUAAGAGAAAGUGGUGGUGGUUUUUCUAA